GUGCUCCUCAAGGGCAGCCCCACCCUUAGAAAAGAUGUUCUCCCUGAAGAUCUUUUGCCUGGCCUUGAGUGUCGUGGGCACAGUCUGGACCACAGAUGAGCCGAAAGGUGAAUUUAUAGCUGAAGGAGGAGGUGUGCGUGGCCCAAGACUUGUGGAAAGACAGCACGCUGACUGCAAAGAGACAGACUGGCCCUUCUGUGCUGAUGAAGAUUGGAACUACAGAUGCCCUUCCGGCUGCAGGAUGAAAGGGUUAAUUGAUGAAGUCAAUCAAGAUUUUACAAACAGAAUUAAUAAGCUCAAAAAUUCACUAUUUGAUUAUCAGAAGAACAAUAAAGACUCUAGUUCAGUGACAACGAAUAUAAUGGAACUUGUGAGAGGGGAUUUUGCCACCAGUAACAACAAUGAUAAUACAUUUAGCCAAGUGUCAGAAGAUCUGAGAAGCAGAAUUGAGAUCCUGAAGCGCAAAGUCAUAGAACAAGUACAGCAAAUCCAACUUCUGCAGAAAAAUGUCAGGGAUCAGUUGAUAGAUAUGAAGCGAUUGGAGGUGGACAUCGAUAUUAAGAUCCGAUCUUGCCAAGGCUCAUGCAGUAGAGCUUUGGAACGUAGGACAGAUCUAAAGUACUAUGAAGAUCAGCAGAAGCAACUUGAACAAGUCAUAGCCAAAGACUUAUUUCCCCCUAGAGAUACGCAAUAUUUACCACGGCUAAAAAUGGGCACAGCUCCAGAUACAGUUCCUGUGGAGUACAAGCAGCAGCUUCAGAAGGCCCCUCUAGAGUGGAAGGCACUCAUGGCAAUGCCACAGAUGAAAAUAACAUAUGAGCGGACUGGUCCAGAUGGGAAUGUCCCAGGAGACUCUGUGUCUCAUGGAACAGGAUCAGUGUUUGAAAGCCCUAGGAAAUCCGGGAGCUCUGGACCUGGAAGCUCUGGACCCGGAAGCUCUGGACCCGGAAGCUCUGGACCCGGAAGCUCGGGUGCUUGGAACCCUGGGAGCUCUGGACCCGGAAGCUCGGGCACGUGGAAUCCCGGGAGCUCUGGACCUGGCAGUGCUGGCUCCUGGAACACUGGCAGCUCUGGAGCUAGCACUGGGGGUGCUUGGCACACUGAGAGUACGGGUUCCUGGAGCACUGGAAGUUCUCAGCCUGGAAGUUUUAGGCCAGACAGCUCAGGGCGUGGGGACACCAGGCCUACCAAGCAUGAGUGGGGCAUAUUUGAAGAGGUGUCAGGAAGCGUAUCUCCAGGGACAAAGAAAGAGUACCACACGGGUAAACUGGUCACUUCUAAAGGAGAAAAAGAGCUUCUUACUGGUAAUGAGAAGGUCACCUCUGGUGGCACGACCACCACUCGUCAUUCGUGCUCUAAAACUGUCACUAAGACAGUUACAGGUCCUGAUGGUCGCAAAGAAGUGAUCAAAGAAGUGGUGAACUCUGAAGAUCCUUCUGAUUGUGACUUGUCCCAUACGUUUUCUGGUAGCCUAGAUGAUCUCCAUUCUAGACACCCUGAUUUGACUAGUUUCUUUGAAUCUGCCUUGACUGGAAGCAAAUUCUCAAGUGUACUCACGCCUACGUUAAGAGAGUUUGAACGUAAGACCCAGUCUAUGGGCUCAGAAUCUGACAUAUUCACACACUUAGGGGAACGUGAGCUCCCUUCCAGUGGUAAAACUUCAACUCACAGCAAACAAUUGGUAACCAGUAGUAAGGUUUACAACAGAGGAGACUCCACAUUUGAAAGUAAGAGCUUUAAAGUGGCAGGUGAGGCCGGAAGUGAAGCGGAACACGAAGUCUUCAGAGAAGCAUAUGCCACCAAAAGAGGCCAUGCUAAAGCUCGCCCUGCCAGAGACUGUGAUGAUGUCCUCCAAACACAUCCUUCAGGUGCCCAAAGUGGUAUUUUCAAUAUCAAGCUACCGGGAUCCAGUAAGAUUUUUUCUGUUUAUUGUGAUCAAGAGACAAGUUUGGGAGGAUGGCUUUUGAUCCAGCAAAGAAUGGAUGGAUCACUGAAUUUUAACCGGACGUGGCAAGACUACAAGAGAGGUUUCGGCAGUCUGGAUGACAAGGGUGAAGGAGAAUUCUGGCUAGGCAAUGAAUACCUCCACCUACUGACCCUGAGGGGCUCUGUCCUUCGGGUUGAAUUAGAGGACUGGGCUGGGAAUCUGGCUUAUGCGGAAUAUCACUUGAGGGUAGGCUCUGAGGCAGAAGGCUAUACCCUGCAGGUCUCCUCCUACGAGGGCACGGCAGGCGAUGCUCUGAUUGAGGGUUCCGUAGAGGAAGGAACAGAGUAUACUUCUCAUGCAGGCAUGCAGUUCAGCACCUAUGACAGGGAUGCAGACCUGUGGGAAGAGAACUGUGCAGAAGUCUACGGGGGAGGUUGGUGGUACAACAGCUGCCAAGGGGCCAAUCUCAAUGGCAUCUACUACCCUGGGGGCUCCUAUGACCCAAGGAACAACAGUCCUUAUGAGAUUGAGAAUGGAGUGGUCUGGGCUCCCUUCAGAGGUGCAGAUUAUUCCCUCAGGGCUGUUCGCAUGAAAAUCAGACCGCUGGUGACCCAAUAGGAGGGAAGGGGAGAGUAAUCUGUUUUCUUUGCUUAGUGAAGGGGAGAAAGAAUAAGAAAGAUAAAGGAGUCAAGAUACUUUACAAUCUAUUAAAAAAAUUCACAGGUGCUAUUUUAUUAUUCUGUGUACUGUAUCUAAAUGUAACUGAGACAUAUUACUACUUAAAAAAAUAAAGUUAUGUGAGUUUUUUAUCUUUAAAGUA